ACUUCACCAUGCCGGCCUUACUCGCCGUCUAAGCGCUGCUGCUACAUCUGAAGAAUGACAGAGAGAGAUGGUCAGCUGACCACCUGUCUGUCCCUUCCACUCCCUUCACCCUGCCUCUCCUCUGUCGCCUCUCCCUCUUGCCUGCCUGUGCUUCCCGCGUCAACAGGGGCCACAUCGCCUCGGCCUGCCCCACGGCCGGUGCCGGACCCGCCUGGUCAGUGCUGCUGCUGCUGGACGAGCCGCGUGGCGCUCGUGGCUGAUGCCUCGACAUGUGCGCGCAGCUACAACUGCGGCGGCCAGGGCCACAUCAGCUCGCAGUGCACGCAGGCUGCCGCGCCCAAGGUGUGCUACAAGUGCAACCAGCCCGGCCACAUCGUGAGACAGACGACACGGACCUUGCGACUGAGCGCAUGACUGACGCCCAGCGCAGAGCCGCGAGUGCCCUAGCCAGCAGUUCGGCAACGGCGCCUUCUCCUCGGGCGGCGGCGGCGGCGGCGGUGCCUGCUACACCUGCGGCCAGCCCGGCCACAUCAGCCGCAUGUGCCCGCAGCAGGGCGGCCAGGGCGGCCAGGGCGGCUACGGCGCCUUUGGCGGCGGCGCGCAGAAGACGUGCUACGGCUGCGGCGGCGUCGGCCACAUCAGCCGCGAGUGCCCGCAGGGCGGCGGCGGCGGCGGCUACGGCGGCCAGGGCGGCUACGGCGGCGGCGCCGGCGGGCAGAAGUGCUACAACUGCGGCGAGCAGGGCCACAUCAGCCGCGAGUGCCCCACGCCCCAGCAGCGCGCCUGCUACACGUGCGGCGAGAACGGCCACAUCAGCGCCCAGUGCCCGCAGAGCCAGAGCUAAGCGGCUCGACGUGGUGCUGCUGCUCUCUCUGCCCAUGCCCGCUGCUUGCUGCGCUUCUUCUCCCGUCUCCACUCCAUGCAAGCGGCGCUUCUCCCACGAGACUCCCACACAUGCCCCUCUACCCUGAAUCUCUCGACUCAUGCGCCCUGUCUGGCCCACUUCCCUCAGCGUAGUGUACGAUAAACGAUGAGCAUUCUCCCUCUG